AUGCUGUAUGAUGCCCGCACGGACGUGGUGGUGUGCGGCCACGUGCAUUCCUACGAGCGCACGGUGAGUGUGAGGCACCUUAGAAGGUGCCUGGCGCUGGAGAAGCUGCUUUAUGAUGCUCGCACUGAUGUGGUGGUGUGCGGGCACGUGCACGCCUAUGAAUGCACGCUGCCUCUCUACAAGAACGCCCAGGACCCCUAUGGCAUGGUGCAUCUAACUAAACCCACCACUUGCCCUUCUCUUAUCCUCUUCCUCGUUUUGCCUUCUAGACCUUUCAUGAACCAUCCCUCAAAUCAGCUCAUCCCCCCUUCUCGUCACCUUUUUUCCCUUGUCACCUUUCAUUCCCACUCCAACCCUCCCUUCCCUUCCCCACCUUCUCCCCACUCCUCCCUGCCCAUAUCCUUCCCCCCCUUCCCCUCAACGCUCGGCGCAGUUUUCUCUCCCCCAAGCCUGCGUGGCCGGCCUUCCACCAGGCAGUAUAUGGGUUUGGGGUGUCGUCAGUGGGAGGGGGCGCCAGCAAGGGCGAGGCGGAGUGAAGGUGGAGGAGGAACAACAAUGCAGUGGGGGUGGUGGCAUAUGAGGUCACUCUCAUAUCGUACGCUAGCAGCAAGGCACCUGUGCAGUGCUGUGGGUCACGGUGUAAAGGAGGUGGAAGUGGAGAAGGUGGAGUGGAGGAGGUGGAGAAACAGGAACCAUUUGCUCUCCCGCUUCGUGAAGCGUCCCGACCCGUCGCGCCCUGCUGCGAUUGCCGCCAUGUGGGAGGUUGAGGGGGUGGCGACAUUGGCUAACU